AUGAUGAGAAGAAACUUGACCUCAGUGACUGAGUUCAUUGUCCUGGGACUCACCAGCUGCUUGGAAUUGCAGAUUCUCUUCUUCGUGCUGUUUCUGGCCGUUUACGUGGUCACAGUGGCAGGGAACUUGGGCAUGAUUGUACUGAUCCGGGUCAAUGUCCGGCUUCACACGCCCAUGUACUUCUUCCUGAGUCACUUAUCCCUGGUGGAUCUGUGCUUCUCUUCCAAUGUGACGCCAAAGAUGCUGGAAAUUUUUCUUUCGGAAAAGAAAACCAUUUCCUAUCCUGCUUGUCUGGUACAAUGCUACUUUUUUAUUGCCUUGGUUCACGUUGAGAUCUAUAUCCUGGCUGUGAUGGCCUUUGAUCGGUACAUGGCCAUCUGCAACCCUCUGCUUUAUGGCAGCAAAAUGUCCAAGAAUGUGUGCCUGGCCCUAGUCCUGGUGCCUUAUGUGUACGGAGCACUCACAGGCCUGAUGGAGACCAUGUGGACCUACCAGCUGUCCUUCUGUGGCCCCAAUGAAAUCGAUCACUUCUACUGUGCUGACCCCCCACUGAUUAAGCUGGCCUGUUCAGACACCUACAACAAAGAAACAUCAAUGUGUGUUGUGGCUGGGUGCAAUCUUUCCUUUUCUCUGCUCAUCAUUAUUUUUUCCUACCUUUAUAUUUUUCCUGCUAUCCUGAGAAUUGGCUCCACAGAAGGCAAGCACAAAGCUUUCUCCACCUGUGGUUCCCAUCUGACAGCUGUCAUCAUAUUCUAUGCAACACUUUUUUUCAUGUACCUCAGACCCCCUUCCAAGGAGUCUGUGGAACAGGGAAAAAUGGUGGCUGUGUUUUACACCACGAUAAUCCCCAUGUUGAAUCCCAUGAUUUACAGCCUUAGAAAUAAAGAGGUGAAAGAAGCAUUAGCCAAAGAGAUGUCAAAGAGAAAAAACAUUUUCCUAAAGAAAAAUUCACAUUUA